AUGGUCAAGCUCCGUAUUCCCAAAGAUCUAGGAGAUGUAAAAUAUAUGGGACCGUGCAGUGGGUUCCUAAUUUCCCCACGUCAAGUUCUUACGGCCGCACAUUGUGUGACGAACUUCAACGAAGACCACAGAUAUGAAUGCGAAGGAAAGCUGAAGAAUUACGUGCCAUCAGAAGUCAAGCCAAAAGAUAUCAUCGCAUAUGUCGGCACCCGUUGCAAUCCCCCUGAAAAAUGUAAAACCACACACCAAGUUUCUGAGGUCUUUGUCGACGAAAAAUGGGAGCCGUGCGUGAAAGGGAACAACGAUGAAAUCCCUGCAAUGCAGGUGAAAAUCGCCCAACAUGACGUCGCUAUCCUCGAGCUUAGCAAAGAAGUAAGCAGCAAGGAUGCCAUCCCAAUUUGCUUACCACACAGUAAACUUGCAUUAGCAAAAGAACUUCAAGUUGCGGGAAGUGGAUGGGAAAGUCCGGAGAGGAGAGAUCCCGGAAAUAAAAUUGCUGCAGUCCCACUUGUCAAGGAAGACGAAGACAACCCUGAAGUACUUCUGGGACAAAGCAAUACCACUUCUACAUGUCCGAGUAGAAAGAACGUCCAGCAGAAUCUGUGUCAGAUAUGA